GUCUUCGACGCGCGCCUGCGUUUGGUCCCUUUCCACGUGCGACUCCCGGAAACAUCUGGAGCGGCUCCUGGCCGUGGGGCGGCAUGGAGGCGGUGAUGGAGACGCAAAGCGCGGCGGAGGACGGGGAGGGCUUCACCAGGAUUUCUGGCUCUGCCGGCAAAAGGGGCAGAAAGCGGCGCGCCGAGGAGCAGCUGCCGGGGGACUGCGGCCAGAUGGACACGGAGAGACCCCCGCCUCCCCCGAAGCCCGUUUUCCCUCCUUUGUCCGGGGACGCCCUCUUGAGUGGCAGAGAUGAAAUAAGAAAAAUUCCAGUGCCUACCAACAGAUACACCCCAUUAAAAGAGAAUUGGAUGAAAAUAUUUACACCUGUUGUAGAACACCUGGGACUUCAGAUACGGUUUAACUUAAAGUCAAGAAAUGUAGAAAUCAGGACUUGUAAAGAAACUAGAGAUGCAAGUGCUUUGACAAAAGCAGUUGAUUUUGUGAAAGCUUUUAUUCUUGGAUUUCAAGUAGAGGAUGCACUUGCUCUUAUUAGGUUAGAUGACCUCUUCCUAGAGUCUUUUGAAAUUACAGAUGUAAAGCCUUUAAAAGGAGACCACCUUUCUAGGGCAAUAGGAAGAAUUGCUGGGAAAGGAGGGAAAACUAAAUUUACCAUAGAAAAUGUGACACGGACACGGAUAGUUUUGGCUGAUUUGAAAGUUCAUAUCCUUGGCUCUUUCCAAAAUAUUAAAAUGGCAAGAACAGCCAUCUGCAAUCUCAUCCUUGGAAGUCCUCCAUCCAAGGUCUACGGUAACAUUCGAGCUGUGGCUAGCAGAGCAGCAGAUCGAUUUUAAUUUCAAAAUAAAGGACUUAACUUUCUGAAGGCUGAGAAAGGUUACACAAGGAUAGUUUAUACAUGAUUUAAAAGAAAAUCUGGAUACCUGUCCUGCAAAAUAUAAAAUCUAUCCACCCAGGUCAUUGAAGAAUAUGUUUUAGGCACUUUAUUACCAUUGCCAGAUAUUUUAAUUAUUAAAGCAAUUAAAUUAAAUGCA